AUGCCCAUCCACGGCAUAUUCUACGCGCGGUUUCUGCCGCAGAAGGUGGUGACGGGUUCUGACGAGUUGGUGCCUGCAGGAACCAAGAUUGUAGCACAGAGCCCGCCCGGCUGCAUUGUGCCUGUGGCGGCGGCGGAUGAAAGCGAGAGCGACAAUGGCAGCGGGGCCCAUCGGGCAGGACGUGGCAAGGCGCUGUUCGACUUUGAAGUGAUGCAGGAGUACGUGAUUCCGCGGCCGGCAUUUUUCAACCGGUACGUGGCGGCACGCGAGCCGAGUGGACGGUUCACGGUGCUGGGGCUGCCGGUGGCGAUCCGCGACGCAAAGUACGACCGGAACGAGUUCAUCUUCAACUUUGGGAUAGUGGUGGAGAGCGGCGACGACCAGGGACCGUACGAGCAGGUGGUGCGGCGGCUGGCGUCGACAUUUGCCGAGAUGGAGAAGCAGAACGAGUUUCUCAGCCGGGAGGAGCGACGGGAGCAGGGAAGAAGAGGAGGAGGGGGGAUGGGAGAACUUGGAGCGAGCAUUGGAGACGGAUUGGGCCGUAUUUCCGGCCACGGUGUCGGAAACAGUGCUGGGCUCAGCAUCAGCACGAGCGUGAGCAACCUGGAAGGGCUGGGAUCACGAGGACGACGGCUGAAUACGCCCCAGGCGCCACUGCCACCGGAAACUCCGUUGCGACGACGCCACGAGCUGCUGGGGCAGAUGAUGGGCGCCCCCCCAAGCGCGGGACACAACACAAUUGCCGGAAUGGGGACUGGAAUGGGAGUUGGUCCAGGAGCCGGACUGGGAGCAGGUAGCGGUUUUGGCACGACGACGGCCAUCGGGACGCACCACAGCCCGUACCACCGGCGGUCGAUCCAGAGCUUGCUGGAGAUCAUCAAGGAGGACCUCAACCUGUACGGCGAGUGCAUGAUUCCGGUGGACGAUGCCAACACGAUCAACAUGAAGCUGUUUCCACAGCACGCCGACCCGCCGGCUGUCGAGGGCUGGCACGUGCCUGUGCCCAAGAUGCGCCUGGCCGAGAUCGUUGACCCGUCGUGGGACCUGACGCUGCAGCGCGUCAUCGCUCACAUGGACGGCGUGUCGGAUGUGCGCCGCAUCGCCUACGAGGCCGACGUGUCGCUGGAGCUGUGCCGGGCCGCUCUACGCCACCUGCUGUACUACGACACCAUCCUGCUGCUGGACCUCUUUCUCUUUGGCUCGUGCUAUGCGCCGCGGCCGGGAAUCCAUGACUUUGUCGCCAACGUCGGCGGUAUCGUCGACGAGUGCGCCCGCUACGUCUGUCUGCGGCCGUACAGCAAAGGAUCGGCUGGCCUGGGGUACGGGAUGACUAAGCAGGUGGAGACCAGUUUGCCUUCCGCUGGUUCGGCGGCCGGCGAUCCCGACGACCCCGACGACCACCACCGGCCGCCCCGGGUCAGCAACUUCGACCUUGUCCGGCUCAUGACCAGCUUCUGCGUCGGUCGCACCGUCACCGAGUGGCUCAAGGGCCACGCCGACGCCGGCUUCGACGUGCUGCGCUUUGUCGACGUCCGCCGCCUCGUCCAGUUCGGCGUCAUCAAGGGCUGUCUCUACCGCGUCCACAAGUACGCCGUGUCGAAGCAGUACAUUGCCGCGCUUGUCACGGGACAGGCUGCGCCCAAGCCCGGCAUCGGCAGCGGCAGCAGCAGCUCGUCCUCGUCGUCCGACCCGCUGCAGCGCUACACCGACGGCAACCACCACUUUGACCAGAUCACCACGGAGCUGAACCUAACCGAGGUCGAGAUCCUUGACAAGCUCAAGCGCUUCCCGCCAGGCGACGUCAAGAUUCUGUAUCGCUGA